AUGGCCGCGCCGGGGGCCGGCGAGGGGCCCGCGCCGGGCCGGGGGGCCCGCGGGCUGCAGGGAGCCAUGAGGGCGGCGAGCGGCGCCCUGGGCAUGGACAGCGCCGGGCGGACCAGGGAGGCCUACGUGGAGUACCUGAAGAGCAUCACCCUCAUCGCCCAGGCCCUGCAGGAGGAGGCGGCAGGGACGGAGAACAGCGAGGGGGUCACGCCUGACACCCCAAAACUGCUGAAGCUGGCGGAGCAGUGCCUGGAGAGGGUCAAAUCCAUCGCAGCGGCGCUGGGGAAAGCCCAGGUGAAACCGGCUGCACAGGAGCGGGGUGGGGGCCCCACGCCCCUCUCCAGGCACCGCCGGGUCUGCUCAGAUGAGGGGGGGAAGCUCUCGCCAUUCCUGCCCCCGGAGAUCUUCCAGAAGCUGCAGAUCGCUGAGGCACAGAGCGCACGGAAGGAGCUGACGCCGCUGGAGGAGGCCUCUCUGCAGAACCAGAAGCUGAAGGCGGCCUAUGAGGCGCGGGUGGCACGGCUGAACCCAAGCCAGGCCGUGCAGAAGACAUCCCUGACACUGUCCCUGCAGCGGCAGAUGAUGGAGAACCUGGUGAUCGCCAAGGCCCGGGAGGAGACCCUGCAGCGUAAGAUGGAGGAGCGGCGGCUGCGGCUGCAGGAGGCGGCCAACCGGAGGUUCUCCAGCAGCGUGGCCCUCACCCCCGAGGAGCAGGAGCAGCGAGCACUCUACGCUGCCAUCCUUGAGUAUGAGCAGGACCAUGACUGGCCGAGGCAGUGGAAGGCGCAGCUGAAGCGGAGCCCGGCGGAUCUCUCAGUGGUGUCAGGGCUCUUCUCCUGCCUCUUGAGCUGCCCCGAGCACCCCAUCACGCAGCUGCUGCGGCGGCUGCAGUGUGCGGUGUACGCCCGGCUCUACCCCGCCGUCAGCCGCGGCCCCGCCGACGCUUCCCCCGCCUCCCCCUCGGGCCUCUCCUUCCUGUCGCUGGACGCCGGGGGCUCCUCGCUGCCCGCCGAGCCGGGGGGCCGCCGGCUCCGAGCGUCCCGCAGCCUCCACUGCAUGUUCUCGGUGCCCGAGCACGGCCCGGCCGCGCUGCGGCACAGCCAGUCCACCACCACCCCCCUCGCCGACAGCGGCGCCCCGGGGCCCGCCGAGCCCCCCGAGACCCCCCGGGAAAGCUCCUUCGAGGACCUGGAGCGGUUCCUGGCGUCCCCUGAGGGCUGGGCCCCCGCAGAGACCCCGGCCGGCCCCGGGCAGGACACGGCGCUGCCGGAGCUGCUGAAGGGCGUCGUGAGGGACAUCCACAACGCCAUUGACAGGCUGCUGGCUCUGACUCUGCUGGCCUUCGAGGGGCUCGGUACUGCCGCCGGCAAGGACCAGUGCCUGGCCUGCCUGGAGGAGGCCUUCUUCCCCCCACUCUGGGCCCCUCUCCUGGCCCUCUACAGGACCGUGCAGCAGCCCCGCGAGGCGGCCCUGGCGCGCAGCAUGGAGCGGCACCGGCACGCCAGCCCCGCCGACAUGGGGCUGGCCUCACGCCUCUUCCCGCCCACCCCCGGCCGCCCCGCAUACGCCUCCGCCGUGCAGGACCUGCGCCUCAUCCCGCUGGAGACCUGUCCCCGCAGGAAGCUGGAGUGCAUCGUGCGAGCCCUGCGUGGCAUCUGCGAGUGUGCCGAGGAGUACUGCGGCACCCGGGACGCCCGGAGCCUCGCCACGGCCGCCAUCGGGGCAGAUGACCUGCUGCCCAUCCUGUCCUACGUGGUGCUGCAGACGGGGUUGCCCCAGCUGCUCUCCGAGUGCACCGCCCUGGAGGAGUUCAUCCAUGAGGGGUACCUGAUCGGGGAGGAGGGGUACUGCCUGACGUCCCUGCAGAGCGCCCUGUCCUACGUGGAGUCCCUGCAGUGAGGAGGGGGCGGCGCGGGACCCCCACAGCCCCGGGCAGCAUGUGUGCAGGCUCGGCGCUGCGGCAGGAGCAGCGGCAGGAAUACGGGCAGGAGUUCCGGCAGGAGUUCCACCGGGAGUACCGGCGCUCG